AUUACUUCCGGUGCAUAGGGCAUAGUUACGACAGGUCAAUGUGUCCUUCUACACACGUGUGUUGCGGCAUCUCUCUCUAGUAGCCUUAAAGUAUCCGGCCGGAAGAGCUAGCUGUGUCUCCAUUUUCAAACAUGCUCAAGUCAGUUGUCCGCGGGGUGGGAGCCGCUCUCCGCCUUCCGAAGGCCUCCACAGCACGGGCUUUGCCGCUUAGUUGCCCGACAUUGUGCUCGCCAAGCGCGGCCACAGCCAGACCCUUCACCCGCUCACUCUGGAUGAUGAACGGCAACGGAGCUUCGGGGUACAGGCCAAAGCUGUUCACUUCCAAGCUGUUGAAUCCAUCGGCGUCGUGUGGAUGCGGUGCUAUGCACACAGAGGGUGACAAGGCAUUUGGGGAAUUUCUAUUUGACGAAAUCAAAGAGGAGAAAAAGCUUCAGAAAAGCGGGGUUCUCCCCAAGAUAUCCGGAGGUUGGGAACUGUCUAUGGACGGCACUGAGGCACUACUCACAAAACGCCUUGCUGGAGAAAAAAUCACGGUCACGUUCAAUGUCAAUAACAGCAUUCUACCAAAUUUUGCUGAUGACGCGGAGCAAGGAGAGCAAAAACCAGAGGAAGAGCCUGAAAUUUUGUCGACGCCCAACUUUGUUGUUGAAGUUACAAAAGAGGCUGCAAAAGAUACAUUGGUGAUUGACUGUCAAUUCCUUCAAGAUGAGUUGUCACAUGGUGAAGAGGAGGAGAGCGACAUCUUUGGCAUCUUUGAGGUCAGCUUCCAGCCAGAAGGGGAUACAGACUGGAAAGAAACUAGCUACACACUCACCAAAGACUCUCUGAAUGACGACCUCUAUGAUCACAUGAUGGACUAUCUGGCAGACCGGGGUGUCGACAACACCUUUGCAGAUGAACUGAUGGAGCUGAGCACUGCCAUCGAACAUCAACAGUACAUCAAAUUUCUGGAAGAACUCAAAACGUUUGUGAAAUGUAACUAAUCUAUUUAUAGAGUCGAGGUGUUCCAUUUUUGUCCAGUCCACACCAGCCGCAACUAACGUGAAUAUUUGUAGCACUUACUCAAAGAUCAUGUUGCGAGUUAGCUUCAUUAUUGGACAAGAUGUGUUCUGGACAUUAAUUGCGUAUAUUGUUUUUCAAGGUCAAAAUGGGAUUAAAACAGUUCAACAUAUA